UCAAUGGUCAGCUGUGCGACUGUCAAGCGGUAGACACGGCAGUAAGCUCCACGUCGUAGCAAAUGUUGCAACAACACGCGCGCGCGUCUUCAACUUGAAACAUAAAACGUCGUUCUCUACUAACAAGUGCAAUGUGUUAAUUUUUAAUAAAUUAAAUUAGUAAAUUAACAGAAAUUCAAGUUUAGUUUUAAAAAUGCUUUUAAGCAAUCAGCCGGCAAAUCCAAAGCCACAGCAGCCGUCGCAGACGUCGUCGUCGUCGUCGUCACAGCCGCAAAGCUUCAAAGCGAAGCUACAGCAACAAAUUGCAACAGCAGCAGCCGCCGCUGCAGCUGUAGCUGCCCAAGCAGCAGCAGCAGCAUCCACAAAUACAAAUAUCGCCAACGGCCACAGCAACAGCAACAGCAACAACAAUCAUUUACUUCAUCAUCAUCACCACCACCAUCUGAAUCAUCAUCCGCAUAAUAUUUCCUUUGCCACGGAUUUCUCAAUUGCCGCGAUUAUGGCGCGCGGCGGAAACGCCUCAAGCAGCCGCGAGCCAUCCGAAAGGAGUCUGAGCCCAUUGUCUGUGGAGCGCUAUUCCACGCAGGAUGCGGACGAUGAUGUUGACGUUGAUGUGGUUGACUGCAGUGACUCUGAAACGCCAACGGCGGCGGCGGUAACAGCGGCCACAGCGACGGCAGCGGCGGCGGCAGCGGCAGCAGCAGCAGCAGCUCAGCAACAUGCACAUGCACGUCAAGCGUUGCGUGUUGCACAGCAACAGCAACAGCGACAUCAGCAGCAGCAGCAGCAGCAGCAACAGCAACAGACACAUGCGAAUCACCACGCAACGUCAAACAACAAGCAACGCCAACAUCACAAUCAUCAGCAUAACAACAACAACAACAGCAGCAAUCACAACAACAACAACAACAGCAGUAAAUCCAGAGGGCGUGCUGCUGCUGCUGCUGGUGCGGGGGCAGCUGGCACGCCCUCGCCGCCCCCAGCUGCUGGCAGUGGCGGCGCACCGAGUCCGUCGGCCGAAGACGAGCGCCUGUCGCCGGAGGAGCCAGCACAGCUGCCUACGCCCAAAAUACUCGGCUCGUGCAAUUGUGAUGAUCUCAUGCCCCUGCAAUGCCAUCUGGAGACCAAGGAGCUCUGGGAUAAGUUCCAUGACCUUGGCACCGAAAUGAUCAUUACCAAAACGGGCAGGCGCAUGUUCCCCACUGUGCGUGUAAGUUUCUCCGGUCCUUUGCGUCAGAUUCAACCACCAGACCGCUAUGCUGUGCUGCUGGACAUUGUGCCGCUGGACUCGAGACGUUAUCGCUACGCAUAUCAUCGCAGCUCGUGGUUGGUGGCGGGCAAGGCGGAUCCGCCGCCGCCGGCUCGCAUUUAUGCUCAUCCCGAUAGUCCCAUUAGUCCGGAGGCGUUGCGCAAACAAGUCGUCUCCUUCGAGAAGGUGAAGUUGACGAACAACGAAAUGGAUAAGAGCGGACAGGUUGUGCUAAAUUCCAUGCAUCGCUAUCAGCCACGCAUUCAUUUGGUGCGUUUAAGCCAUGGCCAGAGCAUACCCGUCAAUCCCAAAGAGCUACAGGAUAUGGAUCAUAAAACGUUCGUAUUCCCAGAGACGGUAUUUACGGCCGUGACGGCCUAUCAGAAUCAAUUGAUUACUAAAUUGAAAAUCGAUUCGAAUCCGUUCGCAAAAGGAUUUCGCGAUUCGUCUCGUCUCACUGACUUUGAUAGGGAUCCCAUGGAUUCGUUCUUUUUCGAUCAACACAUGCGCGCUGCUCCGCUGCGUUUCUUUCCGGAUCCGCUGAUGUCGCAACUGACGCCGCAGGAAGCGGACGCUGCGUCGCUGGCGCUGCUGGAGAAGGCGCGUCAGCAUUUGCAAAUGUUCGGCCGCUCGCCGUACACGGAAAUGUUGCUGCCACAUUUGUAUCAACGUGCUGCACCGCCAGCACCACCGCCGCCCUCGCUGGGCGCCUUUCAGCUGGGCAUGUGGCAGCAGCAGUGGCCACAGCUGACCGCCGGUUUCUUGGCCAGCGCUAAUCAGCAAGCGGCUUUUGCUGCUGCAGCUGCCGCCGCAGCGGGCGCCAAUCGCACGCCGCCACCACCGCCACCCACUAGCGCUGGCGCUAAUGUACCGCCUGCACCUGCCACGCCCACAUCCUCUUGCGGCUCUGCAUCGCCCGAUUUGCGCAUCAAAACGCAGUUGGCGCAUUAUCCGCAACGCUUCAGUCCCUAUCAGCUGCCGCCGCAGCAGCAGCAGCCACCACCCCCCGCCUGCUCGCCGGCGCCCUCAACUCGUGCUGAAAGCCCCUAAGGACUUAAUCCUCGAAAUCCAAGUGCAAUGCAAAUAUGUUUGUAAAUAAUCCAAUACACAACUCAAGCUAAAGCGCUAAGCACAUGUUGCAGCAACAUGUUGCCGCAACACAAACACACACACACACACACACACACACUCAAUACUUAGCUGUGUAUAUAGCGUGGUUUAUUGAACGUGCUACAUAUUAUAUAUAUCAUAUAAAAAGUAUU